AUGUGCAUUUUAAUGGCCACGACGGCACAUCCUGACUACGAACUCAUCUUGAUAUCUAACAGAGACGAAUUCUUGGCAAGGAAAACACAUGCCACAUGCUGGCACAACGAUGAUUUUAUCCUUUCACCCUAUGAUCUGGCCAAAACAUCAGCGGAAAAGCAAAUAUUUGGAACUUGGUCUGGCAUAAAUAAAGAAGGGAAAUUAGCCACUAUUCUUAAUCUAAAGAUUGGCAGUGAGCGAGAUACUACGAAAUCAAGGUCCCGUGGCCUGCUACCAUUCAUAUUUUUAUCAAACCAUGAAGCAAAUUUUGAAGAUUGGGAUAGUUACAAAAAGUUUGAGGGUCAAUAUGAUGGGCUGAAGACCACAGGUGAUUUUAAUUUUUUCUACGGCGAUGUUAUCAAAAAGCAAUAUAAAGUUAUUGAUUCUUUAGGAAGAACUUUUGAUGUGUUGAGUUCCACCUGUAGGAAAGAUCUUGAUUCUUACAUGGUUGUCUCUAAUGGUAAAUUUUACAACAGUUCCGGUAUUCCAGAGCAAGCUUGGAAAAAGGUAAAGGUAGCACGUGAUAGUUUAGAAAAGUUAGUCCUAGAAAACAUUGGAUCAGAUGAGGAAGUAAUAAUAUCAAGUUGCUUCCAACUCGCCUCGAAGUCCUCCCUACCAAGCACUAUUUCAAAUUCAGAUUUCUCGCAGAUGCUCGUGGAUCCAAAUGUAACCAUGAACACCAUAUACGUACCACCUUUACGAAGACCUCCGGGCGAUGAUUUAGGUGCCUCAAUUCCUGAUGGUGACUAUUAUGGAACUCGCUCUCAAAUAGUUCUGCUCGUGAGUAAGGAUUCAACGAAGGUUACCUUUGUAGAAAGAAUCCUUUAUAGUUCGGAUGAAGACGUGCGCCAGUAUUCGGUAAACGCACCUAAGGAGGAAAAAAGAUUUAAGUUCAAAUUGUAG